AUGGAAAAGACUCAGACCCCGUCGCUCACGCCAGACGAGCUCAGUGCGCGUUCCUCCACCCCAUUUGAAGAGCGCGAAGAGGAGGAAGAGGUGCAUUAUGUCGGCCAUCUGAAAUUCUCAUUCAUCUUCGUCGGUCUGUGUCUGUCAGUCUUCCAAGUUGCCUUGUCGCUGCAGGACAUUGGUUGGUACGGGUCUGCGUACCUGUUCACCGACUGUGCCUUUCAGCUCGUCUUCGGCCGGCUGUAUUCCAUGUUGCCGGUCAAGAUCGUCUACUUGGGCGCACUCUUGCUGUUCGAGAUCGGCUCUAUCAUCUGCGCAACCGCACCCAAUUCUAUCGCCCUGAUCCUCGGCCGAACUAUCGCAGGCAUCGGCGCAGGCGGCAUCCUGUCUGGAGCCCUAACAAUCCUCUCGCAAUCGGUCCCCCGGGCCAAAGUCGCCGUCUUCAACGGUAUUCUCGGCGCGGUCAAUGGAAUCGCCUUCAUCUGCGGCCCUCUGCUGGCAGGGGGGAUUAUCAACGGGACGACCUGGCGAUGGAUCUUCUACAUCAACCCGAUCAUAUCCGCCCCGACCUUCUUCAUCACCGUAUUCCUGCUCAAGCUGGACCCCCCGAAAACGAAUGUGAAGACAUGGAGGGGCCGCAUCGCAAUGCUGGACCUCCCUGCAUUCACCCUCUUUCUCGGAUCGAUCCUCUGCCUGAUCCUGGCGUUGCUCUGGGGCGGAAAGGAAUACUCGUGGAAGAAUGCUCGGAUAAUCGUCCUCUUCAUCCUCUUUGGCGUUAUCAUGCUCGCUUUUAUGCUGGUGCAGAAGAGAAAGGGAGACGACGCACUGGUCCCAAUGAGGAUUUUGUGCCAGCGAAGUAUCGCCUUUGGCAUGUUCUUCUCUUUUUGCACCUCUGGAACCGGCUUCAUUCUCGAAUACUACCUGCCCAUCUGGCUUCAGGUCAUCAAGGACCUCUCGGUCAUAUCGUCCGCCGUCAAGCUGCUCCCCAUUAUCGCCGCCGCCGUCGUCUUCACCACGCUAUGCGGGAUUCUGACGCCAGUCAUUGGCCACUAUGUCCCCUUUAUGAUCAUCGCCACCAUGCUCCUCUCCGUUGGAAUGGGUCUGCUGUCCACAUUGGAAUAUACCUCACCCAUCCGCCAUGUGCUCGGCUUCCAGGUCCCUGCCGGUGUUGGUCUUGGAUGCGCCCUUCAGCAGACUCUCGUCGCAGCGCAGACCAUCCUCCCAAUGAACGAUAUCCCCAUCGGCGUCUCCUUGAUCGUGCUCGCCCAGACCCUGGGCGGGACCAUAGCGCUCUCGGCCGCGGACACGAUCUAUACUGGCACGCUCUCCUCGAGCAUCAGCAGCCGAUUCCCUCAGAUCAACAGGGAAACCGUGCUGACUACUGGAAACCGCGAGAUCCGCAACUUGGUGCCCGCCGAGUCCCUGAGUGUCAUUAUGGACUUGUGCAAUAAGGCCAUCGUCAAAACUUGGUACCUUUCGAUCGGAUUGGCCGCAGCGUCCAUCAUUGGCGUUCUGGGGAUGGAAUGGAGACGGGUAACGCCGCCCAAGAAGUAA